CUGGCCCACCCCCCCGCCGCCAUGGCCGACUCACCUUUCCGCCUGCCCCGCACCUGGUGGCAGGCGGCCCAGGACGCCCCCCGCGAGACCAUCCGGCUGGACCUGGAAGCCACCUUCUACUUCACUCACUUGAUUUUGGUCUUCAAGUCGCCCAGGCCGGCCGCCAUGGUGCUGGAGCGCUCCCAGGACUUCGGCAAGACGUGGAUGCCUUACAAAUACUUUGCUGGUAACUGCUCGGCCGUCUUCGGGCUGGAGGAUGACGUGAGUCAGAGAGGAGCCAUUUGCACUUCCAGAUAUUCGAGUCCCUUCCCCUGCACCUCUGCCCAGGUGAUAUACCGAGCCCUGUCACCACCUUACGCCGUGGAGGACCCGUACAGCGCGGAAGCCCAGGCGCAGCUGAAGAUCACCAACCUGCGGGUGCGGCUGCUGGAGCGGCAGGGCUGCCCCUGCCUCCCAGAGGCCCUGCAGCCCCCGCCGUCCCUGCACUACGCUGUCUACGACUUCAUCGUGAAGGGCAGCUGCUUCUGCAACGGCCACGCUGACCACUGCGUCCCCGUCGCUGGAUUCAAGCCCGUCAAGGCAGCCGGCGUUUUCCACGUGGUCCAUGGGAAAUGCAUGUGCAAGCACAACACAGCAGGGUCCCACUGCCAGCACUGUGCCCCGCUCUACAACGACCAACCUUGGCAGGCUGCCGACGGCAAAACUGGAGCCCCCAAAGAGUGUCAGUCAUGCAAGUGUAAUGGGCAUGCCGACACUUGUCAUUUUGACAUGGAUGCGUGGCUGGCAUCGGGCAAUCGCAGCGGUGGCGUCUGUGACAACUGUCAGCACAACACGGAAGGGCAGCACUGCCAGCGCUGCAAGCCGGGCUUCUACCGGGACCUCAGGAAGCCCUUCUCUGCCCCGGACGCCUGCAAACCCUGCUCCUGCCACCCCCUGGGAUCAGCCACACUCCCCCUGGGCCCCCGCACCUUCUGCGACCCCAGCACGGGCGACUGCCCCUGCAAGCCCGGCGUGGCGGGGCCCCGCUGCGACCACU